CCUCCCGCCGCAUCCCCAUCCCCUUGUCUUCUUUGCGGAUGCGCUCGCUUUGGCUAGGCUAGGGUCGUUGCCGAGGCGUGGAGGCGCCCCAGUUCCCCAUCUCCCCGCCUCAGUGAUGGAGAGGUGCGAGAUGGAUGUGGGGAGGAGCGGGCAUGGUGCAGUCUGCAGUGGCCCAAGGAGACGUUGGCCUGGCAGCGGCGGCGGGAGCGGUUGGAGGCGACCACGGGCAUCCAGUCGUCACGGCAAGGGGCCGGUGAUGUGGCUGCUCAAGGUCCGGUUCAUCUUGGAUGUCACGGAGCCUUGCCUCAUUGGACAUGUUCCGCGUGCCCGGUGCCUGCCUGUGCGAGCAGGCGUCGACGGGGCAGAAGGCGGCCCUGUACACUGGCAACGCUUCCUGCACUUGAAAAACCUCGGACAGUGAAGAACAUGGGAGUGCAAGGACACAUUCUGUAUUCUUGAUAUAAUGGUAGGAAGUACUAUGUAAAUAGUGUUUUUGUAGUGACACUGACAAAGCUUAUGCAUGAGAUAGAGCUUGGUUGUACAUUACUUUGCAGGUUUCAAGCCUUUUGAUGGAAGCUCCUGUAUCUUCCUAGCAAGGCUGAUGGACUCUGGUGCUUGGUGAAUGUUGCCCAGCCCUAGACGUCUUCUUAAGUUUUGCAUAAAUACAUCAUCUGGGCUAAUCAAUUUAUAUGAAAACAAAUCAGUAGUGAUUUCGUCAAAUAUAUGGGUUAUUUUGAUGACAGUUUGCUUCUCUCCCUAGCUGAUCAAAUCAACUAUUUUAAUCUCAUUGAACAGCUAGAUGAAUUGAGGUACUAAUUAAAUUAAUAUGCCCCCACCAAUUUAUUAUGUACUAAUUGAAUUAAUAUGCUCUCACAGGUUUAUUAGGUGAUAACUAAAACGAACAUUCUUUGGCUGACAUUUGAAGUAAGAUUUAAAACAACCUACAGAACAAACUGGAGAGGGUACACAUCAGAUGGCUCCCUCCCAUGGAGAAUGAACUGAAGAGUAAUAUUGAUGGCACAUUCCACCCUGAACCGAACGCUGGCGGUUGGGGUGCAGUCAUCAGGAAUCAUAAAGGAGAGGUAAAAGUAUGUGGAGCACUUACAUGGAGAUCAGGCUGUUAUAUGGGGUGCCUAGCUAGGAAUGGAUAAAGGAGCCAGACCUAUUGGCCUUGAAACAGAUUCAGUGCUGCUGAAGAAGGGGGUAAACAAUGAUGAAUGUGGCCUCUCUGCUCUCUACCUAGGCUUAGAAGAGGAGAUCAAGGAAUAUCUGAAGCAAAACUUUGAAGUGUGUCGUUUUACUUCUCCUAAGAGGAACUGUAAUAAAGCAGGCCAUUGUUUCGCUAGCUAUGGUUGUACCUUAAGCAUGUAUGAUCAUCUUCAAACAGAUCAUGUAAUUCCACUUGUAUCGG